AUGAGGAGCAUAUUAGAAGAGUGGAUGCUGGAAACGCGCAGCAUGCCUCUCGAAAAUCGACCGCGAUUUCCCCGCAUUACCCUUAGCAAGCGAAAUCGGGCUGUCGUGCGGGCUCUUAACCCAAUGCUGGUGACCUAUUUGGAAGCCAGCCGGGACCUUUGCGAGACGGACUCAAUACUUUUUGGCACCGCACUGGCAGUAUGCCGUAUUAUUGGCGCCAAACUUCCCAUGGCUGGACGUGUUACUCAACAAAGUAGUGCCAUCCCAGCCUGGAGAAAAAGAAUCGAGGACCGUAUCGCAAAGGUAAGGGCCCUUAUCGGCAGACUGACAAGCUUCAGGUCGGGUAAUAAUAGACCGAGAGUUGUGCGCACCGCUAGAAUGGCGUUUGCUGGGACAAAUAUUAGUUUGUCCCAGCCGGAUAUCACACAGAAACUAACGGAGCGCAUAGAUGACCUGAAGCAAACAAUCGCUGCUUGGUGGAAGCGGAUUCGACGAUUUAGCGAGAGUUCAAUGCGGUUCAACCAGAAUCGUCUCUUCCAGAGUGAUCAGAAGAGGCUCUAUAAAUCAUUGGAGCGAUCAGAGGUAUGUGGAGCGGGCCCAGGAUCAGAUCAGGCUGACACUCUCGCAUUUUGGCGCGGCCUGUGGUCAGAGCCCGUAAAUCACAGAGAGAGCCCUUGGAUGGAAGUUGUGGCGAGCCAGAGUGCAAGUGUUACACUUAUGGACCCCGUCACCAUAACGCCUGAAGACGUGGCUGAGACAGCCUACGGACCGUCUCAGCCACGUCUUCAGGCCUAA